AUGAAAAGAAACAACAGUUCUUUUGCCUAAUAAGAAACUGUUUACAACCUUUCAAAACCCAAUUCGAUGCAAGAAAUCAAUUCAUCGAUCUGCAUAAGCUAGAGUUAUUAAUAAAACAGUUCAUUGAAUUAGUUAUAUGCAAAUAGAUUCUUAGGUGAAUGGAACGAAGAUUUGUAUACGGUAUCAAGAAAAUAUGUUCCCACUUACACUAAUGGUUUGAAUUUAUAUACUACAUAUUGCACUCCCUAGAAUCCGAUUGCCACCAUUGUAAUCAUCCAUGGAUACGGCGAUCAUUCAGGAAGAUACUUCCAUGUGGCAGAUGAAUAUGCUAAAUCAGGCUUCUAAGUUAUUCUUUAUGACUAGAGAGGAUUUGGAAAUUCUGGAGGCAUUAGAAGUCACGGUCAUAUUAAAUAGAUGCACCAAGAUCUUGAAUGCAUAUUAUUGACAAUUGAAAGAUCCUAGCCAAUCUUUUUACAGUGUUAAUCAUUAGGAGCUGCAGUUGGUUUGAGUUUUUGCAUUUCGAAUCCCUCCUUGAUCCUAUAAGGAGUCAUUGUUGUUAAUCCUUAUCUGCAAUUUGCUCAAAAGUAUGGAGUUCUGAAAAAGGCACUGCUAACGUUGAUGAAUAAGAUCAUUCCUGGAUUAAUGGUCAAUUCCUACAUUGAUUUUGGUCAUUGUAGCAAGAACAACAAUGUAAUCAAAACAGUAGCUGAGGAUAGUCUAGUUUAGCCAUUUAUGAGUAUUGGAAUGGCUUAUAAUAUAUUGCAAUUAGAAUAAUACAUCCUACCUAAUGUAUCAUAAUUUGCUUAGCCUCUAUUAAUUUUACAUGGCAAGGAGGAUAAGGUGGCAAGUCAUAUGAAUUCUGUAGAACUUUAUAGACUGGCUGGAUCAAAAGAUAAAACUUUAAAGUUGUUUGAUAAAGGAUUUCAUGAAUUACAAAAUGAUGUUGAAUUUGAAAGAGUCAAAAACAUUAUAACUACAUGGUGUUAGAAAUAGGUCAAUAAAGAUAAAAGAAUAAGUUACUUUAGAGAGUUGAAUCAUGGUUUGGUUGCAAGACAGAACAAUAGUACAAAAAUGAUUAUUUUGUAAUGGAUAUUGAUAUAUUUCAUGUUGAGAAAUAAAAUGAAAAAUCUAGGAAGAAUAGCUAGAUUUAUUUGUAUAUUAGCAUUAAUGAUUGCUUCACUUAUUGUUCAUAUAAGAUGGUGA